AGAACACACGCGGCUCUGUGUGAAGUGUGUGAGAGAGGCUUUAAAAAGCAAGCAAGCGAACGAGAGGCACACACGACACUGAUCGACAUGGACGCAGGUGCGAAGAACACAGGGAGCAUCACAGAUGAAGAGGUGUCUGUGAUCCGGGACACGUGGAAACCGGUGUUCAAGGUUAAAGAAGAGACCGGGGUGGCUGUGCUGGUCAGGUUUUUCACAAACACUCCAUCGGCUAAGCAGUACUUUGAUCAUAUCCGUGACAUCCAGGAUCCAGAAGAGAUGCGUAAGAACGCCCAGCUGAAGAAAAAUGCGGUAGACACCAUGACGUCCCUCAACAUGAUGGUGGAGAACCUUCAUGACGGAGACAAAGUCAAGGGCUUCUUCCAUCAGUUGGGCGAAUCACAUGCGCUCCAAUUCAAGGUGGACCCCAGUUACUUUAAGAUUAUGUCUGACGUCAUUCUGGAGGUGCUGUUUGAAACUUUCCCACAAGUCUUCAGUGCAGCAUCAGUGAAGGGGGCGUGGUCUAAACUCAUGAAUAUCAUGUGCAGCGAGCUGAAUAAAGUCUACACUGCAGUUGGCUGGAAGUCCAUCAAAAACUCAGCUUAACUGGAUGAAAUUACUACUAAAAUACAGACGGGCGGUCAGCUUUUUUAUGUACUGAAAUAAUUCUUUAACGGUCAAAUAGACAUUGAUUGUAAAAUGAAUUUAAAUAAAGCUUCUCUCCUUGUCUCAUUAAA